UAAAUAAGUGUAACAUUCAAUAUUUUUUUAGUCAAAGACGAAAAUAGAAACUCGUCGCUGCUUAUAUAAAUAAAAUAUAAAAAAUGGCACUAGUAUAUAGCUGUUGCUUCUGGUUUUCUCUACGAUUGGGAGGCUUAUUGAUUUCCUUUUUUUCAAUUUUGCAAGCUGUAUUAUUUUUAACAAUCUUUAGUCUCUUCUGCGUACAAGAUUAUGAACAUAAAAUUGAUAAAUUAAAACUAUUGGACGAUAUAAAUCUCAUUUAUAUGAAAUCUUUUAUUACAGCCAUUAUAGAAGAACCUAAUUAUGACACUUACAUUAAAACGAUAGUUUGUUUGUAUAUUAUAGUAUGUGUUAUAUAUAUCUAUGGAGCAUUUAAGCUCGUAAAUAUUCUCAUGUUUCCGUAUAUUUUUUUGGAGUUGCUGCGCCUAAUAGGAUUAUCAUUUUUUGGAAUAACAGGGUUGCUAGUACUCAAGAAAAAUACCAUGGAUAUUGGUCUUCUUAUUGGCAUUAGUUUGGUAGUAGGUUUCAGUCUUCUUGGAAUGUUCUACCUGUGGAUAUGUGCGAUGAAUUUGCCGAUUGUUAUAAACGAGAUAAAAACUAAUGAACAACCGGCAUUAUUUGGUACAUUAAAAAAUAGAGUGGGAACACACAGAGUUCAUAAAAAUUUGCUUUUUAGCGAGUAUGGUAAUAUUGGUGCUAGCCAAAUACUUAUGCAAGCGACACGACACAAUAGACUUUCGACGUCUGACGAACCACCAAGAUAUUAUUAUUAAAUAGUUGAGUUCCAUAUUACAUUUUUGUAGUGAUUUUAA